GUGCGCGCAGCGUGGCCCUUGGUCUACUGGGUUGUCAGGCUGGCUGACCGGUUUUGUGCGCGGUCCUAUGGCCGGGAAAGGGGCCUGCGUCUGCCCCGGGGGUGCGAGGGCAUCGGUGCGCCUGAAUCCGGUAAUCCGUGGGUGGGGCGAAUCCAUGUGUGCAAGUGGGAAAGACUGUCCGCCCCUGUCUGGGUAGGUUUGUAAAUAGGGACAGUUCCGCACUUACCCCAGUUUGUGACCGGAAAAGGGGUCAGAAGGUAAGUAAGCGCGUGCGUGAUUGUGCGGGGAUCCUAUACCCAGGGGACGUUUCCCGAGCGCGUUUCGCGGAGCAUUAAGCACAUUAGGGCACAGGCCUGGGCCUUACGGUGGGAGCCCAGACCCACCUUCUACCAGGCAACCAGCAGAUGAACAGGAUCUGUGGUGGCGAGAGCCCUACCCAGAGAAUGUGAGAUGGAAGGAAGCAAAAAUUUGGUAGAAUCCUGAAGGAGAGAAUGUGGUGACCCAGCAGAGCAGAGCGAAAAGUUUUCUUUGAAGAGGGAACUGCACGUGCAAAGGCCCAGAGAUUAAAGGAACCUGGUGAGUCUGAGGAAUUUCCAGCUCCUAAUGAACUUGUCUCCAUACUUAGCAACCUUUCCUUCCAGGCAUCAGAACUGACUGCUGCUACCAGCCAAUCAGCAUUUUGUAUUUUCCAGACUCCUGUUAUUGAGUCAGGGGUGAGCGUAUGACCCCAGCCUAUCCAGUCAGACUCUCUUCAGGGACUUCUUGAAAGGGAAGAUUGGAAAAGAAGCCUCCUUUUUUGGAGCUACUUGGGCUAGAGAAACUCUAUUGAUGGGACAGGGCUGGCUGCAUGGAGGAAGUGGGACUAACAUGAUCCUGGGCUUGGGAGUGGAGGUGAAGGUAGGGACUCUUCAUAUAGCCAUCCCUGGGGGCUCUGGGCUGUGGGGGCGUAUGGACUUUGAGUUUGCUUUCUGGAAAAGGAAAGAGGAAGAGAAAUCCCUUGGGGGUGGGAGGUUGUUUAAGUCAGCUGCACUGUCAAAAAGGAAACAGCACAGCUUAGAGAAUCAGAGACUUCCCCUCAGCAGGCCUCAGAGCCCUCCAUUACAAAAUGGAAAUAGCAGUCAUUCACAGGGUGUUGAACUUAAAGUGUCAGAAGAGUGACAAGGUGCUUUUAAAAUGUAGAUAUGAAAGGGGAAACUGCUGCUGACCACAUGGUGAUAGCUAGCCAGGCAUUACGAGGAGACUGAACCAUCUUUGUUAUCAGCGUGGAUGAAAGUCUUUCACCCAGUUCUGAACUCUAACCAGCUACAGCCUUUGGGGGCACCAUGGAUUCGCCUUUCAAUUCCCAUAUGUUCACUCACCCUCUAGUGAAUAUCCUGCUGUCUGCCCAGAGAGGACAUCUUAAUUGGAGGAGCAGCCAUUUGGGAGACUAGCCUCUGGGGCAGGAGCAGCCUUUCAGGGUGGGGAAGGCCCAGAUGACCAUUAACUUCCAUCUGGGGGUGGAGAUGCCCGGCUGGGUGGGUGAGGAACAGAGACGUCCUGAGUGAACACCAAGUUUCUUACACACGCUUACUCAAUGUGUCUAUCUGACCCCUCCAAGGACAUCCUGUCCCCAUCUUCCUCUUGCGCAAGGUACCCGCCCAGCAGAAAGAGGCUUGAGGCUUUGCGGUGGACAGGGGCCCAGUGCCUGCUCUGGAUGACUGUCCACAGCAUCUUGGGUAGCAGGAGGGACUUUCCCCUCCCAAAGGCUAGUGCUCUACAAGUGUGGAUGAACAUGUGAUCCUGCUGUGUUGCUGUUACGCACACAGGCGACUUCAUUCUCUAGACCUGUUUUCCAGUCUGCAGAGUUUGCUUCUUAAAGGUGUCGGCAGGAUCCACAAGUCUGAGAGCUCAGGCCCGGCACACACUUCAGGCCGUAGGUGGGGUUAGGCGCGUCUCCACCCAGACCGGCUCCCGCCCCCAGCCCGCUUCCUCCUCCCAGGGGCGGUCCGGCCCAGCCCUCGGGGCUCGCGCACCACGGGCAGCCCCCUGCAACCAGACCAUGUCCGCCGGCUGGUUCCGGCGCCGCUUCCUGACUGGGGGUCCACUCCCCGCGCCGCGGCCGCCCGGGCCACGCGCCAGCCCUGUGCCCUACCGGCGGCCCCGCUUCCUGCGUGGCUCUGGCUCCAGCCCAGGAACCGCCGACGCCUCGCGCCGCUCGGACUCCCGGCCAGUGCGUAGCCCAGCGCGGGGCCGCACGCUACCCUGGAACGCAGGCUACGCCGAGAUCAUCAAUGCAGAGAAAUCUGAGUUCAAUGAGGAUCAAGCUGCCUGUGGGAAACUCUGCAUCCGGAGAUAUGAGUUUGGACCUGAAGAGGAUAGGGAAUGGUUGACUCUGUGCCCAGAAGAAUUCCUGACGGGUCAUUACUGGGCACUAUUUGAUGGGCACGGUGGUCCUGCAGCAGCCAUCCUGGCUGCCAAUACUCUGCACUCUUGCCUGCGUCGGCAGCUGGAAGCCGUGGUAGAAGGCAUGGUGGCUGCUCAACCCCCCAUGCACCUCAGUGGCCGCUGUGUCUGCCCCAGUGACCCCCAGUUUGUGGAAGAAAAGGGCAUCAGGACAGAAGAUUUGGUGAUUGGGGCCCUGGAGAGCGCCUUCCAGGAAUGUGAUGAGGUGAUCGGGCGGGAGCUGGAGGCCUCAGGCCAGGUGGGCGGCUGCACAGCUCUGGUGGCUGUGUCCCUGCAGGGAAAGCUGUAUGUGGCCAAUGCUGGGGAUAGCAGGGCCAUCUUGGUUCGGAGAGAUGAGAUUCGGCCGCUGAGCUCUGAGUUCACUCCAGAGACUGAGCGGCAGCGAAUCCAGCAUCUGGCCUUUGUCUACCCUGAGCUUCUGGCUGAUGAGUUCACCCGACUGGAAUUCCCUCGGCGGCUGAAGGGGGAUGACUUAGGGCAGAAGGUUUUGUUCAGAGAUCAUCACAUGAGCGGCUGGAGCUACAAAUGUGUGGAGAAAUCAGAUCUGAAGUACCCACUGAUCCACGGACAUGGCAGGCAGGCUCGGUUACUGGGAACGCUGGCUGUCUCCCGAGGACUGGGAGACCAUCAGCUCAGGGUCCUGGACACAAACAUCCAGCUCAAGCCCUUCUUGCUCUCUGUCCCACAGGUAACUGUGCUGGAUAUGGACCAGUUAGAAUUGCAGGAAGAGGAUGUAGUUGUCAUGGCAACUGAUGGACUCUGGGAUGUCCUGUCCAAUGAGCAGGUGGCAUGGCUGGUACGGAGCUUCCUCCCUGGGAACAGAGAGGAUCCACACAGGUUCUCGGAGUUGGCCCAAAUGCUGAUACACAGCACACAGGGGAAGGAUGACACUCCCACAGGGGAAAGGCAGGUGUCCUAUGAUGACGUCUCUGUGUUCGUGAUUCCCUUGAACAGCCAGAGCCAAGGAGGCAGUGGCUACUGAGGAUUCUGACACUGCAUCCAAGAAUCACUCCAAUCAUUGCAGUAUGGGCAUGCCUCCAUUAAGGCCAAGAGCAGGCCCUGUUUGUCCCACCCACAGCCCAAUGUUCCUGCUUCUCACCCAGGUUCAUCUGUUUCAAGGGGAUUUUUUAUACCAGGCAGCAAGAGCUGGAAGAGUACAAAGAGCCCAGCCCACCAGGUCCUGCCUUUUGCAAUAAUCACAUCACUCUGGUAGAGGGAUCUGAUUUCCUACAACUUAGGAAAACCUUGUGAGGGUUCUCAGACAGGAUCCUCAAUAGCCCAAGAAUAUUCUUAGAAAGAGAUACCCACAUUAAGAGUAUUAGUCAAAGAUGCCACAAGGGGUAGCAUCCUGUAUUUGGAUACAGGUUUUCCAAUCCAUGAAUGUUAGGGCAUCCAUUUAAAAAUCCUCCAAGAAAAUCUUGGGCAGUCUCACAUCUGCUAUCUUGAAGAAAGCUCUGGAGGAGACACCAGCUUAGGUUUUGCCCUGUUCUUUGCUGUUGGAGGGCAUGGCCCCUACAGCUAAGGUUGGGGGAAGAGCAAAAAGGGGCAAGAGGAGCUUCCAGAGUUGGCUGGGCAGGGAAUGCUUAUCACUACCUCUGGCCUGGCCUUCUAACUGACUGCUUCCCCCUGGCCCCAGUCUCACCACCAAUGCCUUUGCUUUUGUUUCUUAUCACAUUCCUAUUAUUAAAUGUUCAUUUGCAGAAGA